GGCGCAGGUGUGAUGACGCACAUUUCCAGUAGUAACCUUUCCGGUUUGUCCGCUGGUGCGUGCGCGCCUCCUGCCUGGAGAGAGCGAGAGGUGGCGAAGAGUUCACUUUACUGGAGUUUAAGGUCUGGUGUCGGUCCGCCUGGAGUAACACGGUUGUUUGUGGCCAGGCACGAAGCCCCUGUACACGGAGCCAAGAUGCUGAACAUGUGGAAGGUCAGGGAGAUGGUUGACAAAGCAACCAAUGUGGUGAUGAACUACUCAGAGGUAGAAUCUAAAGUCAGAGAGGCCACCAAUGACGACCCCUGGGGACCAUCAGGACAGCUGAUGAAUGAAAUCUCAAGAUCCACUUUCAUGUAUGAGCAGUUUCCAGAGGUGAUGAACAUGCUGUGGGCCCGCAUGUUGAGAGAUAGCAAGAAGAACUGGAGGAGAAUCUACAAGUCUCUGCUGCUGCUGGCCCAUCUAAUCAGGAAUGGAUCAGAGAGAGUUGUCACUAGUGCCAGAGAACAUCUGUAUGACCUGAGGUCAUUACAAAGUUAUCACUUUGUUGAUGAGAAUGGGAAGGACCAGGGUGUGAAUGUGCGUCAGAAGGUGAAGGAGCUGGUGGAGUUUGUCCAGGACGAUGAGAGGCUGAGGGAAGAACGGAAAAAAGCAAAGAAGAAUAAAGACAAAUACAUUGGGGUAUCCUCAGACAGUAUGGGAUACAGAGGUUACUCGGGUGACCGGUACGACUCGAGCGAGAACCAAGGAAAGUGGGACGACGACUGGGAUAGGAGUAAAGGGCAGUUCCCCUUCAGCGAGAAGUUUGAAGAGAUUAGCGACAAAAUUGGCAGCACCAUAGAUGACACCAUCAGCAGAUUUAGAAAGAAGGACAGAGACGACUCACCAGAUCAAUCCAGUGACCAUGAAGAGGAGUGUGGUCGCUCAUCUCACAACGGCCAGUCUGGAAAAGAGUUCAAAGAUGAAGAGGAGACUGUUACCACCAAGAGCGUACAGAUAGUUCAAGCAACAGAGACAACAGCAACACGCAAAAGAGGAGGGGGCCCGUCCAAGAAAGUAGACUUGGGAGCUGCAGCCCACUACACAGGAGACGGAAGCCAGAGCACCACAACCGAACAGCCCCAGCCAGCAGCAGCAGCAGCCCCUCAGCCUUCCAGUAGCGGCCUAGCAGAGCUAAUAAUGGUAGACACAACACCGAGCAAGCCCACUGCCACAGACCUGAUCGCGGGAUUUGCUGACUUCUCCUCACCUGCUGCUUCCGUAGGUCUCUCUUCAGGAUCUGCAACACCAGCCUCUAACAGUAAUGGAGACUUUGGAGAGUGGAAUGCCUUCCCCGGAGGUCAGAUGCCAGUAUCCGCUCAGACUGCCGACACCAGCAAAAAUUCCCUCUUUGGCACCAUGACAGCAGGUCCUGCACCCGUCCCAGUCUCAGCUCCCGCCUCAGCAGAUCUAUUUGAUUUGAUAGGUCCAACACAGACCCUCACCUCCUCCCAGAGCCUCAACUUUAGCAUGAGCAGCACACAGAGCAUGAGCAGCACAAUCCUGCCCCAGCCCACAUCACAGCCCCUCCAGAACAUGGGAGGUUCACUACAACUGCAGCCUCUCCAGCCAUUCCAGCCUGUGCAGCAGGGAAUGGCCUCUCAUGGUGCUGGAGCCAAAGCGUCCCUCCCUUCCACCUGGUCGGACCACACUGUUAACAUAAGCCUGGACUUCUUGGGUCCAGGCAUGCAGCCCUCCAAGCCGAGCCAACCCAGUCUCAACACUCUCCAACAAGGUAACCAGGGCAACAUACUCUCUCAAGCAGUUUCUAACAUGAGUCUUGGACCUGCAGCAGUCAGACCACCCGUAAAUCCCAUGAUGCACCCUGGUGCUGGAAUGGGCAUGGGCAUGGGCAUGGGGAUGGGAAUGGCUAUGACCCCCAACCAGAGCAUGAUGGGUAUGGGCAUGAACAUGGGGAUGCCACAGGGAGGUAUGACUAUGGGGAUGCCCGGUGCCAUGGGGAUGGGAAUGAAUCCUGCAAUGGUCCAACAGCCCAAACAUGAUGCCUUCGCUGACUUCGGCAACUUUGGAAAGUGAUGGAGCUGGAGAGCCAAGAUUGCCAGGAGGAGCGGUGUGGGUUUCUUUCUUUCUAUCUCUCCCUCUCUGUCUCUCUCCGUCCAUUGGUGAAGGAUUGUUAUGAGCUGCAAACAAAGAGUACUUGAAAAAUGUCAAUUAUUAUAAUACCAAUACCCUGCAAUCUCCUACUUUUGAAAGAAAUGCCGCAUAGUGAUAAAGAUCUAAGUGUGUGUGUGCUUGCGUGUGUGUGUGUGCUGUUUGAACCAAUGAUGUGCCAGGUUUGGGCUGGUGGUCAAACACACGCACUGAUAGUGUGCCUUGAGUUAGUGAUGAAUCGGUGAGAAGAAGAACGUGUGUGCCAGCGUGAGAAUGUCAGAGGUAUUUGCUUUAUAACCUCAAUCAAGUGAAAUCACCAGAAUAGCAAAAACAAAAAAAACAACCUAUAUCCAUAGCUGCGUAAUUUUUUUACUUCAUUGAAUGAUGACUUUGGAUAACAUGAUCCGCCAUUUUAACUUUCUAAUGUAGUACAGUUUCAGAUUGUCAAGUUACCUCUUUUUUGUCCUCGUUCUUCCUUUGACCUGUAAAUAGAAGUCCGGAGCCCUUACAAAUAAGUUAUGAAGUUCCUAAUAGAAGAAGCAGUGACAAUGUGAAGGGUUGUAUCCUACAGACCAAACGUGAUCUGAUUUAAGACCUAUAACAAAACACAUUGACACCUUCUCUUUGUACAUAAGUAUCCACACAGUCUGGAUGUGGCUGUUAUACACCUUUAUGUAACAGUGAUCUGUCGGCAGCGCUGCAGUAACGUCAUGAGUGUUUGGAGUGAAAGCUGUUGAUUAAUAUGUAGGAGUUUGUCCUUGAACAGCCCAUCAUUUUGUGGCCUUUCAUUUUGGUAUAUAUAAAUAUAUAUCUAUAUAUUUUACCUAAGAGAAAUAUUAUAAUCAGUUUGCAUCCAAAUGAGAUAAUCAGUAGGUAGAAAGAGCCUCAUACAGGGGGGUGUGCAGGUUCAUUAUUACAGCACAGAGUGCCUGAGAGACCUUUGCCUUUUCUCUUCAGUUCCACUCUUUGGAGGAGACAAUGUGAGUGUUCAGUGUUGAGGAGGGCGACCAGAACCGAGAUUCUGUUCGAUGUACAAAUGUGUUUGUACUUACACCUCAAGUCGUUGUCUGUAGAUGAGUUUUUUUUCCUUAUCUUAAUUGAAGAGCAUGGUCUUGAGGUUUGAGAGCACUUACAGAUUUCACAUUCAGAUAUCGUGAUCUUUUCAGUCAAAACCAUACUUUGACCUCAAAUCGUCCCUGUGUGCUUAGAUUUGCUCAGCUUGUGCUUAAAUUGUGCACCUGCUCUCAGAUGAUUUGUUGCUGGGACAGACUUUCUGCGUUCCAGCUUCCACGGGUGGUUACUUACUUUGAUACAACUUUGUUAUAUUCAUGCACAGUACAGCUAACACCACCACAACGAGGGGCGGAACCACUUUAUUUGUCAACAAUACACCCGGCAAUUUAUUGGUUGGAGAAUUUUGAUAGAAUUGUUGCACUUGCUGGAAGAAAAAAUCUAAGAGCAGAGGAGAAUCCGAGAGCAGAGGUUUCAUAGAAGCAGCUUCGGGUGGUAGGAGAAACGAUGAAGCUGGAAUAUCGGGAAUUUUAGGGUACAAGCGCACAAUCUGAGCACAAGCAGGGGCUAUUUGAGUGCAAGUGCAGGGUUUUGAGUGGAAGCAUUCCAAAAUCUGAACGUGAGAUCAACAAGUCUAGCUUUCAAACUGAAAGACCACACUAUAAAGAUAGUAGAAAACAUCUGUACAGAUAUCAGGAGCAGCUGUGUGAGCGUUUCAAUUGUUCUAUCCCAUGCACAUCUGCAUUGUUAGGGCCAGUGAUUACUUCAGUUCUCUAUGAAAGUGGCACCUCCAGUGUUGAUGCAGACUGUUAUUGAGAUGGUAUCACAAAUCUCUCUGUCUAUUUAAAUGUUCCAACGGUGCAUCUCGGAUAAUGCUGCCUUCUCACCUUCCAUCUUAAUUAAUGUUACACAUUAAACACAGCAAUCUUGAAAACAUUGUCAUUAGUCCAAGUCUAUAUGUAUAGCGACUCAUCAGGUACAGAAAACUGUGAGAGGAAAGAGAGCGAGACGCAGUAAGUUAAUUGUGGUUGAAAGAGGAUGUGUUGUGUAACAGACAAUGAAGAAUCCUGUUCAGCUGUACAGCAGCUACGUGAUCCGUGAGAUUCAAGUGCCUGCCGGCAGUUGCCUCCUGACCCUUGUAAUGAGCGAUUGAUAAUAAGUAACUCUCGGCUGCCUGACAUAUUUGGUAUGUCAACGACGAGCUAAAUAAUUCACCAGCCAGAGGAGCAGGCGGUGGAUUCUGGUGCCCCAGGAGGAUAGAAGUUGUGCUUCCCUGCUCUCCAAGGGCUCGACAAGCUGAGCACACUAACACAUAGUAGCCUUGCAUUGGAGUCUGAAGCAUUUAAAUGACCAAAAUCUGUUUGUUGUUUUAUUAAACUAUUUCAGUAGAUUGUUUUAUGCGUUUUUUUGUUUUUUUUUUACGUCAAAUCAUUUUGAUCUUCUUUAAAAUGGGAUUGUUACUGAAACACUAGUAUAUGCAAAUGUACAAAAAAGAUUGAGAAUCCUUUGAGAGAAAAUAAAUUUUGCAUCAUUCCCAUUUUGAUUUGAUUUACACAUCGAGAUUCUUUAUCUACAACAUUAAACAGUUGAUUGAAA